GUGCUCCGGAGCUCCUGCCCUGGUGGGUUCUGCUACUGCCAGCCUCAUACCCGUGCCGGUGGUAUCUGUGCAUGUCUGUGUUUUCAUCCGCAUAGAUGCUGCCCUCUUGGACCAUCGGCCUUCUCCUGCUGGCCACAGUCAGAGGAAAGGAGACCUGCUAUCCACCUCUUGGCUGCUUUUCUGAUGAAAAACCGUGGGCAGGGAUCCUUCAGCGGCCUUUGAAGUUACUUCCCUGGGCCCCCAAGGACAUUGACACCGGCUUUCUUCUGUACACAAAUGAGAAUCCGAACAACUACCAACUGAUCACUGCCACCGACCUAGCCACCAUCGAGGCUUCAAAUUUCCAGUUGGGCCGCAAGACACGCUUCAUCAUCCACGGCUUCAUAGACAAGGGGGAGGACAGCUGGCCGUCAGACAUGUGCAAGAAAAUUCUGAAAGUGGAGGAGGUGAACUGCAUCAGUGUGGAUUGGAGACGUGGGGCCUGGACAGAAUAUACUCAAGCCGUCCACAACAUCCGGCUGGUGGGAGCGGAGAUCGCUUUCUUCAUUCAAGAGCUGUCGACCCAGCUGGGCUACGACCCCGAGGACGUGCACCUCAUCGGCCAUAGCCUGGGCGCGCACGCGGCGGGGGAGGCCGGCCGGAGGCUGGGGGGCCGCGUGGGCAGGAUCACAGGACUGGAUCCAGCAGAGCCGUGCUUCCAGGGCACACCUGAGGAGGUUCGCCUGGACCCAUCUGAUGCCAUGUUUGUGGAUGCAAUUCACACAGAUUCUGCUCCCAUAAUUCCUUUCCUCGGUUUUGGAAUGAGCCAAAAGGUGGGCCAUCUGGAUUUCUAUCCAAAUGGAGGAAAUCAAAUGCCUGGAUGUCAGAAAAAUAUCCUUUCAACCAUCAUUGACAUAAAUGGACUAUGGGAAGGAACCCAAAACUUUGCGGCUUGCAACCACCUAAGAAGCUACAAGUAUUACUCAAGCAGUAUCCUCAGCCCUGAUGGCUUCCUGGGCUACCCGUGUGCCUCCUACGAUGAGUUCCAGGAGGACAUUGACAGUUAUGAGGACUUCAGGCCAGGUGUUCGGUAG